GAGAAGAAGGACCCCAUGCAGGACACGCUGCCUCCGAAGGCGCGGGACAGGGCGGUGGCCUCUGAUGGGGCACAGACACUGUCGCUGAGGAGUCAGGACCCCAGGACCAUCAAAGGAAGGCAGGACCAGAACAAGGAGCCCACAGCCACUGGGACAGAGCCCCCAAAGCCUCAGGGCAAAGCACAGACCACAGCAAGGACACCUGUGCCAAAAAGUCAGGCCGAGGCACUGACCAUGCCAGGAGCAGGGUCCACAGGGAGGACAGUGAAAGGAGUGACCACAGUGGUUGUCCCCCACCGGGAGACAGCCCGGGCCACGCCACCCUCCACUCCCUUCUGGAACCGCACCACAGAGAGAAGGCUAAGUCUACAGGCCAGCAACUUCAAGUCUGAGCCCCAGUGGGAUUUUGAGGAACAAUAUAGCUUUGACACGGGGGCCCUACAGUCGAGCUGCCCCGACUCAGUGAAGGUCAAGGCCUCCAAGUCACCCUGGCUGCGGAAGCUCUUUCUGGCCAACCUCACCCUCUUCCUGGAUUCCAGCCACUUCAACCAGAGGGAGUGGGAGCGCCUGGAGCACUUCGCACCGCCCUUCGGCUUCAUGGAGCUCAACCACUCCCUGGUGCAGAAGGUGGUGAAACGCUUCCCUCCGGUGCCCCAGCAGCAGCUGCUCCUGGCCGCCCUACCCCCCGGGAGCUCCCAGUGCAUCACCUGUGCCGUGGUGGGCAAUGGGGGCAUCCUGAACAACUCCCACAUGGGCCAGGAGAUAGACAGCCAUGACUACGUGUUCCGACUGAGUGGAGCUAUCACUAAGGGCUACGAACAGGAUGUGGGUACCCGGACGUCCUUCUACGGCUUCACCGCCUUCUCCGUAACGCAGUCCCUGCUUGCCUUGGGCGGUCGGGGUUUCCUGCACGUGCCCCUGGGGAAGGAUGUCCGCUACCUGCACUUCCUGGAGGGUACCCGAGACUAUGAGUGGCUAGAAGCGCUGCUUCUGAAUCAGACGCUGGUGAAAAGCCUUCCAUGGUUCAGGCGCCGGCCCCAGGAGGCUUUCCGGGAAAGCUUGCAGAUGGACAGGUACCUGCUGAUGCACCCAGACUUGAUGCGCUACAUAAAGAACAGGUUUCUGAGAUCGAAGACCCUGGACGCUAAACACUGGAGAAUCUACCGUCCCACCACGGGAGCCCUCCUGCUGCUCACGGCCCUUCAGCUCUGUGACCAGGUGAGCGCCUAUGGCUUCAUCACCGAGGGCCACGAGCGCUUUUCUGACCACUACUAUGACAAGUCCUGGAAACGAACCGUCUUUUACAUCAACCAUGACUUCCCGUUAGAGAGAACGCUCUGGAAGCGGUUGCACGAUGAAGGUGUCAUCCGGCUGUACCAGCGGCCCGUAAUUUCCAAACCGAAGAUGUGA